UCUGUCAAAACAUUACUCUAGUAUUAACUCUGAUUAUCUCUUCUAUUCAUGUAAACUUCGUGUGAUUUUUUAUUAAUUUACCCCACAUAGAUGUAUUAUUAUGGCUUUCCCAAAAAUAGACGGGUACAUUGUGACUGAAAGAUUAGGAACGGGGAGCUAUUCGACAGUCUAUAAGGCUUAUACUAAGGUGGGUGCCCGCACUACAGUAGCCAUAAAAUGUAUCGACAAAUCUCGCAUCAAGCACUCGGGCUCGGCCGUGGACAACCUGGUCACAGAGAUCCGGCUGCUCAAGACGCUCACACACCCGCACAUCGUUCAUAUGAAGGAAUUCACGUGGGAUGACAAGAACAUCUACAUCAUUAUGGAGUACUGCUGCGGCGGCGACCUGUCUAAGUACAUACAGCGGUACGGGCGGGUGCCGGAGAAACAGGUGUUGUAUUUCCUGCAACAAUUAGCAUCGGCAUUAAAGUUCCUCAGAGAAAAAGGCGUAGUACAUAUGGAUCUCAAACCACACAAUCUCCUGUUACAUAAAGACUCGGACGGGAAGUACAUAUUGAAAGUUGCAGAUUUUGGGUUCGCCCAGCACAUGUCGGCGGAGUGGUCGCGCGCGGUGCGCGGCUCCCCGCUGUACAUGGCGCCCGAGGUGUUCUCCGGCGGGCACGACGCCAGGGUCGACCUGUGGAGCGUCGGAGUGAUAAUGUACGAGUGUCUGUUCGGGCGGGCGCCGUACAGCUCCGCGACCUUCAAGGAACUCAUUGACAAGAUACAACGAAAGGCGCCAAUCGAGAUACCUAGAUCGGCUUCCAUCUCGGCGGGCUGCCGCGACCUGCUCACCCGGCUGCUGCAGCACGACCCGGACCGCAGGAUCUCGUACGAGGACUUCUUCAACCACGACUACCUGGACCUCGAGCACAUGCCGAGCAGGGAGAACUAUGAGAAGGCGGUGUCGCUGAUAAGGCGCGCCAUCGAGCUGGAGCGCGCGCGGCGGCCGGCGCCCGCGCUGGCGGCGUACGGCGCGGCGCUGCGCCGGCUCGUGCCCGCCGCGCGCGCCCAGCCCGACGCGCUGCGCCGCCACGCGCUCGCCGCCAAGCUGGCCAGGUACAUGGAGCGAGCUGAAGAAUUAAAACAGUUCUUGGAACAGGGCGCGUCUGUAUCGCAGGACGUCGCCAGCGAGCCCAGCAGCUUUGAGCAGAGAGUGGUCCAACCGGGCGGCGCCGCGUGCGGCUCCUGCACUCGUGCGCGCGACGACGCGGACCAGUGCGCCUGCGACAUGCGCACGCGCACGCCGCCCGCCCGCGGCGCGGACGAUAGCGUCGCCGUGGAGGAGCUACCGGCGGCGGCCGCGCGGCGCGACACUCCGCCACGAUCCGCCUUCAGGAGGCUGUUCAGCCGGCAGGCGGUGCCCUACCUCCACGCCGAAGACUCCAGCAUUACACAAGAAUCUUCAGACAAAAAGCUGCCGACCGGCGAAGCGGCCAGUGAGGGAUGCAGGAUCACGUGACUCCAUAAUGAUCGAGCUUCUCUAUAGAAAUAAAUCAAAUAUGUUAUUGGUGAUAAAAGACAAAUUUUCCAGUUUACAUUCAAAAGUGGUCGCAGACCAAUACAAUGCACGGAGUCUGGCAUUCCUAGUCUUUGCGCCGCAUAACUUUAAACCGUGUAAGCAGUUACAGGCUUUAAACACUUCCACCCAAAGCCUACUUCAACUAUCCCCUACUGUCUCUCUCAACACUUACCCCCAAAACCGGGACUCAGUGACUUUUGCCCGGCCCCUCGCGUGCAGCCGAGGAUUGCACCGAGCACUGCCGACUGAGUGCCCCUUUUCGGUUCCAGGGGUAUUUUUGUCGGUACAACGCAGUAAGUGCGCCGCCUUGUUAUCUCCAACCAAUUUGGCUUCCUCCCCGUGGAGGAACCACUCUGAGUCGGAUAUGAAAGUGGAUCAGCGCACUCCACGCCAGAGGAACAAUUCUGGGUCCUCGUCCUCUUCAUCCGAGUUCACCCGGUUGUUCAACGGUCGCCGGAAAGAGGCAAAGAAAAACAGCUAACCCGCCUCCGGCAAAAACCCAAUAAACCCGUCGCUUCUUUCCAGAGCCCCUCCGCCCCUCCAACCCGCCCAAUUUCCGGUUACUAUGGCCCGUGCCUUGCAGAAUUUCGCCUAGUCUCCAUUUGGUGAACCAUUCCGGUAGAGUAUCGGCUGCAAUGGCGGAAAACCCCACAAUUAGCAGAAGAAUUCCGCAACUUCACAAAGGAAUUCCGGAUUCCUCCUCGGAUCGCGACCGCCCUCCAUUUCGACGUAUCCGGUCCGGGAAGUCCACCGGAUGUUUAAGGGGAAGAACCCACGGGUACCAUAUGAUAUGGUGCUCGUCAUCCUAGACCUCUCCCCGGAAGGGAAGAGAAUAUUCCAGAUUAAACAGGUGGCCGGCCUCUCUGGCUGUCGAAAUUACGGCCACUCGACACGAAAUUGUCAUUCACUACCGAGGUGCGUAGCAAUUUUUUUUCCAAAGUUCCCUUAAACAUCCGGUGGACUUGCCGGAGCGCACCCGCGACGCGGCAGGAGAUCCGGCUUGCGUUCUUUGCGGGGCCACCUCUAAUGUGAAUGAGUAACAGGAGAUCUGGCGCUCAUUAAGAAUUUUUGUUAUCGCCUUAAGUAAUUGGCGUUUUCGCCACGACGUCGUCGGUGUACUUCUCACUUAUACUGCAUGUGCGGCCGCCACGGCGCCGAUUCGCAAAGUUGUCGGAGGGGGUCUUAUCCCCGUUACUGUGGCCCUUGUCUUGCCUUUCACCGAGAGCCUCCAUUUGGGGAACCAUUCCGGAAGAGCAUACAGCGGACGCAUGGAUGUACGCGUGCUGGAUUAGCUUAACUCGGUAAUUUAGUUAAAACUAAUGUUGCGUUUGUAUUGCAUUCAGCUGUGCCUUAUUAGUUAUAUACUGAUUGAACGGUUAAGUACAUUCACCCAGCUAGCUUCACACGUUACAUUUUAACGUCAAAAAUAUUUCUUAUUGUAUGUUUUUUCAUAAGAUCUCAUUGCUUCUGUAUAAUGUUAACUAAAAGUCACGCCUUGCCUCCUCAAUGAACAAAAUUUAUAUAAUAUUUUAUUUAAAUUUAAUGAAUUAAAUUUAAAUAAAAUAUUAAUUUAUUUUAUUUAAAAUUUAAUAAAUACUUAUUUGCUCAAGUUUGCUUUCCGUCGUUCUUUUUGCAAUAACAGUAAAUAUUCAAAAACAGUAAAAAAUCAUUCGUACGAAUCUGUAGUGUGGUGGCCCCCGCAACCACCACCAGCGCCCCGGAGCCUCGGUACCCGAGGAUCUGUGUGGACUACUGCCCAACUGGGUAGUCCAUUUCAAAGAGAUCAGCCGCCUGCUGGGACGCUCGCCGGCCGCCGUCACUUCACGCCCAAAGACGGCAACGAGUACAGAGUCGUCCAGAGGUACAUCAACACUCUGGACGUGCAAUGGCACUCUUACUCAUUGCCGUCCGACCGCCCACUGAAAGUGGCCAUCCGCGGAGGACCUCGAGGAGAAGCGCUUCGAGGUGGAGCCCAUCAAGGCUAUCCGGGGCAGGGGAGAUCGCCCCGGAAGCGUCUACUUCACCCUCCUGGCCCGGACCCCGAACUGCCAGGAGGUGUUUACCAUCAAGGAGCUCCUCCACAGGCCGGCUGUGAGGAUCGAGGCAUGAAGGGAAAAACAAGGACCCGCCCAGUGCCACCGGUGCCAGCUGUUCCGACAUUCCUCAGUCAAUUGCCACCGGUCUAUAGUCUGCGUGCGCUGCGGCGGGCCCCACAAGGCCGCCGACUGCGAGCGGCCGCUGGACCAGCCUGCCACCUGCGCCAACUGCAGUGGCCCGCACCCGGCUAACCACUCGUCCUGUUCGGUGCUGCGGCGCGAGGCCAGGAACAGGCGAGCUGGCCCGGUUGCUCGCAGCGGAACCGCCCAGGAACACCACGACCUGGACGUGGACUACCUGCCCAGCUGGGUGGUCCACUUCAAGAAACUCAGCCGCCUGCUGGGGCGCUCGCCGGCCGCCGCCACGCGCGGCAGGGGCGUGCACUUCACGCCCAAGGACGGCAACGAGUACCGCGUGAUAUAGCGAUACAUCGCAACACUGCACGUGCAAUGGCACUCCUACUCGUUGCCGUCCGACCGCCCGCUAAAAGUGGCCAUCCGCGGGCGGCCGCCCAACACGGAGGAGGCCACACUGAAGGAAGAUCUCGAGGAGAAAGGAUUCGAGGUGGAGGCCAUCAUGGCCCCGGAAGGCCCCGGAAGCGUCUUCUUCACCCUCCUGGCCCGGACCCCGAACUGCCACGAGGUAUUCGCAGUCAAGGAGCCCCUCUAUUGGCCGGCGUAGAUUUCCGCCGCGUUAACGUUUUUGUAUCAGGGUAAUAAAAAUAAAAGUUCCAAGUGUACUGAUCUCGUAGGGACUCCUAGUCAACCCCAGAUAUCCGUUUGUAACCAAGGCUUUGUUGUUAUUUUUUAUUACGAUGUUAAUUUUGUUGUAAUCCUUCUCUUUUUAAAUGUAAUUUAAUAUGUACAGGGUCUGUUUUAUGCAUAAUAUAAUUUAAUUAAAGUUCUA